UCUGUCUUUCCUUCCUUCCUUUCUUCCUUCCAUUCUUCUCAUCUUGUCCCCAAAUCGAUCUCUCUUAUCCUUCUUCUGGCAGCGAUUACUUGGAAUCUAGCUGCCGAGUAGAUCGAGAUCCCUCGUGUCGCGAAGAUGCCGGCGUGGUGGAAAGGGAAGUCUAAGUCCAAGUCGAAGUCGACCUCCAGUCCUCGAACGAAGGAGCUGGAGACGCCGCGGACGCCGCUGGAGACGCCGCGGACGCCGCUGGGGACGCUUGACGACCAGGAUGAGCUGGUGAAGCGCGGAAAUAAGGAGAAAGAUAGUAUCUUUGACGAGCUGGUCUCUAGGAAGAGUGGGGGUCAUCCGCUUGUCGGCGGCGGCGGCGGCGGCAGGGGAGUAGGUGGAGCUGGGACGGGAUUUAUGUUUGGUCACCCUCUGCCGCUUCCUUCCGAGAUCUCUUUGCAGGGCGUGCCGGCGGGGUUAGCAUCAUAUUCAGCGUCGGCGUCAAGUAACUGCUCCUCUGGGUCGUCGGAUGAAAGGCCGGAUCUUGCAUCCUAUAGGUACUUUGACCAUGUCAACUUAACGGGAGGCAGAAAUGAUGUGCAAAGGCACGAGCACGUGGCUGAAGACAGGCAAAUUUUCUCCCGCAGUCCAGUUUCAGAGCAUCCGGAUAGGGAAAAUGGUUAUCCUCAUGCCCAAACUUCCACAGAGACCAUAUUUAGUAGAAGGACUGCAAAUCCUUCCCCUGGUCUGAGAGGCUAUCGCUUUCCUACUUCACCUGUGCAUCCCAGUUCAUUUGGUUUAUUUCCAACGUCCCCAAACAGCUGGCAAGAUAAUUUACCCGGCCCACCUCAUCCUCUACCUCUUCCACCAAGUUCUCCCAGCAGUUCCCAUUCUCCAGCCUCCUCCUCUUCGCGCUCUCCGAAGACACAAUGGAAGAAAGGAAAAUUACUUGGCAGGGGUACUUUUGGUCAUGUCUAUCUUGGAUUCAACAGUGAAAGUGGGCAGAUGUGUGCUAUCAAGGAGGUUAAAGAUAUUUCUGAUGAUGCAAAUUCCAAAGAAUCUCUUAAACAACUAAAUCAGGAAAUAGCUUUGCUUAGUCAGCUCUCACAUCCCAAUAUUGUGCAAUACUACGGCAGUGAGCUGGUUGAAGACACACUAUCUGUCUUUCUUGAAUAUGUCUCUGGGGGUUCUAUGCACAAGAUACUUCAAGAAUAUGGUGCUUUUAGAGAAGCAUUGAUUCGCAACUACACAGCUCAAAUACUUUCUGGACUUGCCUACUUACACGGGAGAAAUACUGUACAUAGAGAUAUUAAAGGGGCAAACAUACUGGUAGAUCCUAAUGGUGAAAUCAAACUUGCUGAUUUUGGCAUGGCUAAACAUAUGGCUGCAUAUGCUUCAAUAAAAUCUUUCAAAGGAAGUCCUUACUGGAUGGCACCUGAGGUUAUCAUGAAUACCAGUGGUUAUGAUCUCUCAGUUGAUAUAUGGAGCCUGGGUUGUACAAUUAUUGAGAUGGCAACUUCCAAACCUCCAUGGAGCCAGUUUGAAGGGGUUGCUGCGAUAUUUAAAAUAGGCAAUAGUAAAGAUUUACCGGAAAUACCUGACCAUUUUUCUCCUGAAGGAAAGGAAUUCCUUAAGUUAUGCUUGCAGCGCGACCCAUCUGCACGCCCUUCAGCAGCUCUAUUGAUGCAUCACCCUUUUGUUAGAGACCAAGCAAUGACAAAGGCUCCUAAAUUUAAUUUGGUCAAAGAUGUGCCUCAUUAUAUCACCGAUGCAAGUCAAAUAACAGGCACUACUGAUUUUACUUCCAGUAGAAGCACUUCUCCUCUACCUGAUAGAGAUUAUAGCAUGAGACACUCAUCUGCAUUGCACUCGGCAUUGCCUUUUGCAUUGAAGAAUUCAAGGGAUUUACCAAGCAUGAGAAUGAACAUGUCUUUACCUGUCUCCCCCAGUUCGAGUCCAUUAAGGCAAUUCAAACAAUCUAACAGAAGUUGCUUGCCUUCUCCUCCCCAUCCGGCUUACUCUCCUCCUCAUCCAGCUUAUUCAGCCGGAGCAGCCAACUACAGCCCAGUCAAUUUGUCAUUCUAUCCAACUAGGUCGAGUAACAACCUCCCAGAUCCUUGGCUCGACUCAAACCUGUUAAAGGCUCCAACUCCCUAUGGAUCUCCUCGAAGAUUGAGCAUGGGUUUGUAAAUGUCAAUUCUGAUGAUCUCCAGUUCAAUGAGAACUUUUGCUUGCAGGAUCGAGCGGGUAAAAAACCUACUCUAUGCAAUGUUAAACCACACUAGUCUUGUAAAGCUUGCUUGCUACUCAAGCAGCAUCAUGGGCGCUCGGUCUUCCAUUGUGAUCUUCUAGGCUCGAAAUGAUAUUUUUUGCAUACUACCUUCA